GGUGCGCUGUGUCCUGCGGACACAGCAGAUCACCGAUCCACGGAAAGAGGCGAAGAUGUUGGCUCGGUCAUGUGAUCAGCUGUGUCCAAUCACAGCUGAUCACAUCAGCGCCACCUGUCAGUGUCCAUAAGUGCCAGCUGUCAGUGCUCAUCCAUGCCACCUGCCAGUGACACAUCAGUGCCACAUUUCAGUGCCCAUCAGUGCCACAUCAAUGCCACAUAUCAGUGCCCAUCUGAACUGCCUUUCAGUGUCACCCAUCAGUGCCAGUCAGUGCCACCUAUCAAUGCCAGUCAGUGCCACCUAUCAGUGCUGCCAAUCAGUGCCACCUAUCAGUGCCACCUAUCAGUGCCAGUCAGUGCCACCUAUCAGUGCCAUAUAUCAGUGCCAUAU